AUUCCAAACAUCUAUUUCCUUCCUCUUUAGUUACACAAAAGCCUAUCAAUCUGUUUAUCACAAUCAAUACAGGGUUUAUACCCUACGAUUAAGAUACGGAUCGACACAAGUGAGGAAGAAUCCCGGUCGAUAUAACCCCUCCACGACACUCUAUCCGGGGCGUGUACCUGUGCUGUCUCUACCCAACCAGACGAUUUUUUCACUUAAAAAAAUCUUCAGCAAAUCGACAAUCAUUUCUUCCCUUUCAGCCAAAUUACACCCUGGAGGUUCCAUCUGUUGUUGUUCUACUCGUCCUACAUUCACUCCUUGUCUUCUCCACACUCUUUUCUCAAACAAUCGCUCACGUCACUUCCUUCGUGCGCCCUUCUCAGUCUCCAGUUUUAGGGCAAAUCUAUCGAUCCACAAAUCCCACUUGCCGUGUCCCACGGUUUGGUUGUCGUUUUUUCUGUUGUCGUUUCGAGAGAACAGGACUUAGGAGGGGUCCUCAUAUUAUCUCCUUGACCCGCACUCCCAUUUUUUCACCGAGUAUUUGACUUGGCCACAUAUUUUUCUGGAGAGGGUUGAUCUUAAUUGUUGCUCUUUCCUUUUAUAGUUCAAUCACUGUUAGAAAUCAUUUGUCUCAAUCGUUGACCGUUUUUUCUAUCUUUUACUUACUGAGCUCGUUCACUGACUCGUCGUUUCCUCUCGCUUUAAGAUUUCCUUGUAUUACUGCUUCUUUUGUGUUUUUAUGUUAUAUGAUUGAUACCUGCCGAUUGAUACUUUAUUCGUACCUUCUAUUUUUGUCAUUUGUCUAUCACGAGCCUCUUUGGGCACCCAUUUUUAUUUUUUUCCUAGAACCUGUUGUCAACGUUUGUGGAGGAAUACCCACUCACCUUUUUUUUCUUGAAAGAGUCAAAAGAAAGGCCGAAUCCUUCCCGAAGAUGCCUCUCACACGCCGUCUUUCUCAAUUAUUUUCCUCAUCACAUUCGUUACCUCUGGCCGGGAAAGAUAUGAAUACUAUUGAUAUCACUACUUCUAAGUCUGCUUCAUCACCACCUUCUAUAUCGGAGGAAGUUAUUGUUUCGAGUACAGUUGUCGGAGACCACGAGGACAGGGAUUUGAGUUACCCUUCUGUCGAACACUCACCUAAUGCAACCAGAAGACCUCGACGAAAAACGAUAAAGAAAAUUCUGCGUCGAUUCUCUCUUCACUCCUCUCCCAAGGACUUUACGCCUAAUUCUCGCAGCUUAUCACCGGUGAACGAUGAAGUUAUCAUGGAAACACCACAGAACCUACCAGCUCUCACUACCACCACUGAUGUUCCAUGUCUCGACACGCAUGAGCCAAUAGACUAUACCCGAAUCCAAAUUUCCUCCUUACCAUUCCCCUUUCCGGAACUUGCAUCUCCUCUUCGAAGAUCCGUCAAUGGCGACCAAAAGCUCGAUUGUUCCGAUUCCGGCUACUUUUCCUUGACCAGCGCCUCCUCAUCAUCGCUAUCAACCUCGCUACCACCUCCCACUUUACACCUCAUCCGCCGCAUCAAUAAAGCCAUACUGCUAUUGGAAUACCAAGAAUUAUUAACCACGCGGUUCUCCACGAACUUGGCCUUUUUAUUCGGCAAGAAGGAAAUGGCAAUAUGGAGGACGAGAAAACUGAGUGAUGAUACCAAGGAGUUGAUCAUUAUUACACUAACAAAGUUGAGGGAGUUGGUCGGUAAGACGAUGAUUCAUAAGAUGGGAUUAGUGAGGAGGAGUAGGAGUGUGCUGGGCGAAGCUAUGGAAGCGAUUUUUUCGAGUCAAAGACGGGAUUCCGGUGUGGAGACUGAGACACCAUCUACGGGAUCACUUUCAGAAACAAGGGACCGUACACCUAGCCCGGAAGCUACCGAAAUUUCGAGAUCUCAGUUGAAGUUAGAAGUGCAGGCCAAAAUGAAGGAAGCUCUGCAAAUCCUCAGAGACGAUAUUUCGAUGCAAAAGAGAUUAGAUGAAGUUUUGAGAGCGGGAAUAGUAGGGAGUUGUGGAGAUGAAAAAUUAAUGAUGGGGUUGCCAAGUAGGAGUGAGAGACUUUGUCUAAGGAGAUUUGUAGGGUUUGUGGAAGGGAGAGUAACGGAGCUUGGAGGUGCUUAUGGAAGAGUUGAGAAAGCUGUCGGUGGUUUAGAGAGGUCGGGAUAUGAGAAUUUGGUGGUUCAAUGAGUGCUAUUAGUUGAAAGAAACUAGCAAAGCAUAUCAGCGUAUCAUUUAGACGUCGAAGCGGCUGUUGGAGAUGGGCAUGAAGAUCGUGCACCACACGGCAACGCAACCACACACAAAUCUGCAGGCCAACAGAUCACGAAACGACACCAGGUCGUGCACAGAGAACCUCGUUUGGAACGAGGAACAGAUGAGAAUGGUGAGGCAGGUACUCCUGGAUAAACGGAACAGGCGCAUGCUUUGGAGGCUUGAUAAUUAUGGAUGGUUCGGGUAAUGAUUAGGAGUUUAAUGGGUGGCUGGAAUUGGUAUGGAAUGUUGAUACGACGAGCCGGGCAUUAGAGCGUUAGCUCGUUAAUGUUUUCUUUGUAUAUAUGGGUGGAGUAGUUGUAGGUUUGAGGUAGAAUGGAUUGGGAAUAUCAAAAAUUAUAUGAAUCAAAGUCUGCACUAUAACACGAAGAUUUUG